CAUUGUGGGAAAGGCGGCCGGUGCAGCCGCAGCUGCCAUCUUAGAGACUCCUUGCGUUGCGGCCUUCUCGUUGGAGGCGGCCUUCGUGGCGACUGUAGACCUCGAGGAGAGGAAGAAAGUCGGCGAGUGGACAGCCGUCGUUCCUCCGGCCUCCACAGGACGGUCUGCCCGCGUCCGAAGCGGAGGCGAGGGGAGCCAGGCGCGUGCGGGGCCCGAGGCCAGCGGUUAGUCAGAGCGGCGCCCGGAAGGAUGGGCCGGUCCCGGAGCCGGAGCUCGUCCCGCUCCAAGCACACCAAGAGCAGCAAGCACAACAAGAAGCGCAGCCGGUCGCGGUCGCGGUCGCGGGACAAGGAGCGCGUGCGCAAGCGUUCCAAGUCCCGGGAAAGUAAACGGAACCGGCGGCGGGAGUCGCGGUCCCGCUCGCGCUCCACCAAUACGGCCGUGUCCCGGCGCGAGCGGGACCGGGAGCGCGCCUCGUCCCCGCCCGACCGCAUCGACAUCUUCGGGCGCACGGUGAGCAAGCGCAGCAGCCUGGACGAGAAGCAGAAGCGGGAGGAGGAGGAGAAGAAAGCCGAGUUCGAGAGGCAGCGAAAAAUUCGACAACAGGAAAUAGAAGAAAAACUCAUCGAGGAAGAAACAGCACGAAGAGUGGAAGAAUUGGUGGCAAAAAGGGUAGAAGAAGAAUUAGAGAAAAGGAAGGAUGAAAUUGAGCGAGAAGUACUCCGAAGGGUGGAGGAAGCCAAGCGCAUCAUGGAAAAGCAGUUGCUCGAAGAACUCGAGCGACAGAGACAAGCUGAGCUUGCAGCACAAAAAGCUAGAGAGGAGGAAGAACGUGCAAAACGUGAGGAGCUAGAGCGAAUACUAGAAGAGAAUAACCGAAAAAUUGCAGAAGCACAAGCCAAACUGGCUGAAGAACAGUUGAGAAUUGUUGAAGAGCAAAGAAAGAUUCAUGAGGAAAGGAUGAAACUAGAACAAGAACGACAACGUCAACAAAAAGAAGAACAAAAAAUUAUCCUGGGCAAGGGGAAGUCCAGGCCAAAACUGUCCUUCUCAUUAAAAACCCAGGAUUAAAUUGCAAACUCUGAACUUUUUACAAAGAAACAUGGAAAAACUUUGUAUGGUAGCUUCAUGUUGAAGUGUUUUUUUUUUUUUUUUUAAUUUUUUUUUUUUUUUUUUUUUUUUAAAUUUGGAAAAUCUGGAAAGUUAGCUUGUUCUAAUAGGGGCUAUGCUCUGCAAUCCCUUUUAUUUUUAUUUUUUCCCCCUUAACUUCCAUUAAGUCAAAUCCUUAUCAGAUCAUUGCUAUCUUCUAAAAAGUGAUAUUUUUUCACCUGUUUGGAUUCUGAAUUGUGGUCUGAAGAAGAGCAGAUCACUUUGUAACUACAUGGUCUGAUAAGGUUUUUACUGACCCACUGACUUCAGGGUUAUACUCUGUUUAUUACAUCAUAAUGCUGGUUUCGCUGACUUUUUGUUUUUUUAUAUCUUUAUAAAAAAAGAAAAAGUUGGUAAUUGCAUUGGAAAAUUCCCAGGGUAUUACUGGACCUGUGUGGUGUAUUGUUAAACCAGUGUCCUUGUGAUACUGUUGCUCUUGAUGUUCCCGAUACAGGUAAGGAAACAGUUGGUCAACUCUGAUACAAAAUAUAUAUAUACAUAUAUAUAUACAGUUCAGUAUUGUCUCUGUUCAGUUUGUUUUUAUUUCAUUGACAAAAUCAAACCAGCAUUCCCCAUUGUGUAAAUAAAUGAUUUUGCUGAAUAAAGUAAAGUCUUAAAUUCAUAUGUUUAAGCAAUUUUUUUUAAAGUUUUGUUAAGUCUUAAAAAGAGGGUGGUUUACUUUUUGAUGGUCAACAAUAUAAGUCUUAGAACUAUGCUAUACUUCCUCAUUUAUAUUUUUAGCAUAGGGUUUAUAUGUCCAUUAAAUAUACUUGUGAAAUAGUUUAAUGGCUAUUUUUACAAAUACCUACUUUAUGCUGAUAGAGCACUUAUGACAUCAAAUAUUACCUUUAAGAAGACUUAACAACACCUAGAAGGAGAUUUAACUCCUUAAACCUGUGCCUCUGUUUUAGGAAACAAGUAUUGUCACCACAAAUUAUACUUAAUAAAGACAAGAAAAAUGCAUCUAAAAAUUUAUGGAAUAUUAGAUCAUUUUCAAAAGGGGGCCAUCAGAAAGGACUUAGCUUUGAACAUUCAAAAAGGCUAAAGUAGUCAAAUCAUCCUUGCAUGUUUAUUUUUUGGACGAACACCUUUAAACUUUUAUAUAAGGUUUUUGUUUGAUGGGUUUUUUGAUUGUUGUUUUGAUUUUUCGUUUUUCCUUUUUGACUUCGGCUUUGUGUUUUGCACGUGGAACCUUAUGGAUGACUUCCAUCUUAUACACUAGAAUCUGCCUCAUCCUUAUAUAUGUUUAAGUCUACUGGUGUUAAAAUGUUUAUUCAAGAAAAGGAUAUGGAUAUAAAAAUGCUACUUGCGAUGCAUAAACAUGUCACACUAGAGAAAAUGUUCCCCAGUAUUUUCAAGACAGUUUGAUCAUUCUUUAAAUUUUGGAAACAAGUUAAUGAGAUGACUAAAUGGUAGAUUAUUUUAUAGUGUGUGCAUGCUAAGAAAAAUGCUAUUGCUUUAUUUUGAGCUCUUCAAUGAGUCUAAUUGUGGUAAGGAAUAAUAAAAUCAGCUUAAAUAUCUCUAAAGAUAGAAUUUUAAGUAGGCAUGAACUGUAGUGAGAACUUUUAAUAAACAUGAUACCUGUUAUUCUAAAAUCAAACAUUCACUUUAUUUCCCUAACAAAUAGGUUACCUACAAGUUUUUCUUAUCUCUAAUAUAAAUUAGCUGUGAUUAUUUUAUGAUUCUGACACUUUUUUUUUAUUGUAACUUUUUUUUGAUGCAGAUUCACUGUUCCUAAGUUGUGUAUUCAAGUUUUUGGAAAUGUUUAUUUAAAAAUUGUUUUUGCUAUACUAGUGUUUUAAACAUUGUAUCUGAAGAGAGUAGCCUGAACUUAAAAUAUUUGAAAUCAGCGUAUGCGUGCCUUUUAAUCCUUUUUUAAGUUUCUUACUGCCACAUAUUGUGUGAAAUAACAGUAAGUCACUUAAUGAAAUUGCCGUAUCUACUUGCUGUUGGAGACUCACUUGAGAGAUGAAAUUGUCCCUGUGCUUGACUUCUGUUCUCUGCCAGGCUACAGGAAAGAGAUUGUAAUUGUUAAUAAUAUACACCCAAUCUUUUCUGUGCUGCAAUAAUGUAGUAAUUUGUUUUUCUUCAUUUGUUUCCCUUGCCUUUGUGUACAUACUAUAAAAGUUAAAUUUUCCCCCUAAUCCAUUAGUUCAGAUGUUCCCUAAUUUAUUAAAUAUGCCUUUAUUCACAA